ACACACACGUGACUGGAACGCGUCGCGCAGGUUCGCGCCUUCAUGUUCGUCCCUUCCUGCGUUACUAUCACUUGCUCUAGCUUUCUUUCACGUCCCUAGUAUACCAAUCCAACGCUACGAAUGCGCGACAAUGCCUGCUAGGACGGUCAUAUCUCUUGAGAAUCUCCCUCAAACGGUCGGCAAGAUCUUUGAUCAAGCCCAGAAUACCACAGCUAACCACCAAAAGAACUUUGUCGCUCUUCAUAAACUACACACCGAGACCGCCUCUCACCACGGGUCCGCAGGGGAACGUGCUUUUGAGCAUGCCUUCUUGAACAUGCUCGGUCAUGUUCUACCGGUCAAGAAAGGAAACCCUGUGGCUGAUAGGCUCAUGAGGUUCAUCGGUGGAUAUACAAAGUAUAUGAAUGAACGAGCAAUGGAAGAGGCCAACAAGCGAGGCGACGAUGACGACGCGGAAGACUUCGACACAACCGCCGCCCGAUUCAUAUCCAGGGUGCUUCGAUUCUUGUUCAAAGGCAGCGUCGCAAAAGACAAGGUCGUCCGUUACCGCGUCAUGCAAUGCAUCGCGGAAAUGAUCUCGCAUCUAGGGGAAAUCGACGAAGACUUGUACAAACUCCUGCGAGAAACGCUCAUCGAGCGGGUGAAGGAUAAAGAAGUCCCCAUUCGUGUUCAAGCCACUAUUGCACUUUCGCGUAUUUGUGGCGCAGAUGAGGAAGAUGAGAAGCCAACGAUCAUUGACGUCCUCCAAGAGACAGUCCAAUAUGAUCCUUCCGCCGAAGUCCGACGUGCCGCUCUCCUGAAUCUCCCUUUGGGCUUACUCACGUAUCAAACAGCUCUCUCCCGAAUGCGCGAUGUCGACCCAUCAGUCCGAAAAGCCGUGUACGCCUCAGUCCUUAAUCCAGACAAAGCUACAGCAGAUCCAGAUGCGAUCGACGUGACUCACCCCCGCGCGCUGAAGAUCGCCGACCGAGAACGAAUCGUAAAGAACGGGCUGGGAGACAGAGAAGAAGCCGUGAAAGCGGCAGUGGCGAAGUUGAUCGCGACGUGGGUGGAUAUCGUGCAGAUAGAGAAGGUCAAAAGUGAGAGAGAGGAACCUGACGUUAUCGCGUUCUUGAGGUUGUUUGACUUAGUACACGAAGGCACGAUUGCUGAGGAUGCGUUGUCGAGUGUGUUCAAGACGAGAGUGGAUAUUCUUGAUUCGUUGACUUUCGGAGAUGACUAUUGGACAGAUCUCUCGCCCGAGAGAGCUUUCCUGGCACGAGUCUUUGUCGACCACUGCGUUGCCACCAAGGACGACGUGCGUCUCGAAUCCGCACUUCCGGUCGUCACAAUGCUCGCAUUUAAGAUACAAGAGGCGUACAACGAUCUCAAUGCAUUCCUAGCAGACCAGACUAUGGAUGACUUUUUGAAAGAAGGCAUUGAGGAUGAGGAAGAGGAUGAGCGCAGACAGAUGGUCGAGGAGGAAAGGACAGACCGGGAGUUCGUGAUCGGCGAGAUGCUCAAGUUGUCUGUGAACCUGGAUUAUGCGGAUGAAAUCGGGAGGAGGAAGAUGUUCCAACUCGUCAAGGACAUGAUCUCCGAGGAAGAUCUUCCCGAAUCACUCGUGGCACGCUGUUUGGAUGUACUUCGUAAACUCUCAUCGAGCGAACGGGAUCUCAUUCGAGUAGUCGUCGAAGUCGUUCACGACCUCCGUGACCGUAACGACGACGAAGAGCAAGCGGACCCGAAUCGUGCUGACGAUGGGGAAACAACCUUCGGCGAGACACCUGCUACAGUAAAGACAGCGCGAGCGCCACCAAAACCUCCUGCUGAAAUGACAGAGGAAGAACGAGCUCGAGCUGAUGCGAUGGAUAUGCGUUGUCUAUCACUUUGCAUUGGUAUGCUAGAGCGAGUAAAUGGGACAUUCGAAGAGAACUCCACCCUCGAAGGUCUACUUGGUGAACUUAUCAUUCCCGCCGUCAAGCGAAAAGAGGCGGCAUUGAGAGAGAAGGGUUUGGUUAGUUUAGGUCUUUGCUGUCUGAUCGCUCGCCGAAUGGCCUUGAAUUCUUUCCAACUCUUCCUGAAUCAACUUCAAUCGACACCAGAAAAGCACAAGAUCCCGGUGCUGAAGAUUGUCUUUGAUAUCCUGAUGGUACACGAGGGCCACUUUUUGGGUCCUACAAGUCCAAAUGGCGAUCGAAUUGUAGAGUUCCUCAUGCAUGUAUUUGAGAACUCGGAAUUGGAUGAGGUCCAGGCACUGCUUUGUAAAGGCAUGGCCAAGCUCAUGCUUUCUGGAUUCAUCACGGAUGAGAGGGUGUUGCGAAGUCUAGUGAUCGCUUACAUUUCGCCUGAAACUGCCGACAAUCUCGAACUACGCCAAUGCCUGUCCUAUUUCUUUCCGGUUUACUGCUACUCUUCGGCUGCUAAUCAAAGGCGUAUGCAGAAGAUCUUUAUAACCGUAUUCAAACAACUCUGCGAGAUACAUCAACAGUCGGAGGAUGAAGACAUUGACCUCAUCUCACCGGCCCAAGUGGGGCUGCUUUUCGCGGAUUGGACUGAUCCUCAGAAAGCAACUGUCGUUGCAAAGGGUGUUCCUGGGCGAGAAGUCGAUGAGUCCAUCCACAUCGACCUUGCUACAGACAUUGUUAAGGAGCUGUUCGACGAUGACAUGCGUAAGGACGAUAGGAAGGCGCUGUGUCUUUUACUUGGCAAACUUUACAUUCCCGACACGAUCGAUGAUGACAAGAUUCGUACACUCAAGCUUCUUAUGCACAAUAUCCGGGCGCGCCGACCCUUGAGAGAUCUUGCCUCCAAGAAUGCCUUCGUGAAGUUCGAAACCGCAAUAUCGAAGAAAUUUGAGAAACAGUUGGAAGACUUCAACGAAGAGGAGUAUCGCAAGCUGGAGCAUCUGCAGGAGCUUUUCGAAUUCUUGGACGAUAUCAUCCCGGAUAUUGAUGAUGUUGACGAAAUGAUGGAAGCACCCAAGAAGAGAGGAAGUCGGAAAAGGAGGUCUGACAGCAUUGUCACGGAUGCCACAUCUCAGGGCGCCCCUUCUGGUGAUGAUCGCUCAAAUACACCUUUCUCGACUACUUCAUCCGUCGCUUCGAGGACCAAGGGAAAAGGCAAGGCAAAGCGUAGACGCCUUUCAACGUCUGAUGACGAAGACGAGGAUACUGAGACUGAGAAGAUGGAUUCUCCUCAGACCGUGAAGCCACCUACCCGGGUCAUGCCGAAACGAUCAGCCGCGGCCAAGACAAGGGCAGCUGUGUCAAAGGUGAUCAACUUAGUAGGAAGCGACUCAGAAGAGGAUAUUGAGGAGACACCUUCACGGAAGCCUACCUCGAAACAGUUUGAAGAAGGUGCAAAAGGCGAUGGAGGCGGCGCGCAUAGAUGAGAAAGAUCUGGCUGAACAAGAAGACGAAAUACCUCAUGAUUCUAUCAUGGAUACCACGUUGGAAGAGGAGGACUAUGAAGACGAGGAAGUUAACAAUCUUCUGUAACAUCUGAGGUUCUCGUAUUUGUUACUAAAUUAUUGUGCAUAUCUAGUCCCGCAUCUCUACGAAUGAACUUUUCUGUAUUCUCGCUGUAUCUCAAUAUAAAAAACUCACGUGCCUCUUCCCCAGUGA